UAGAAGUCGAUUCUGACGCAUUGGUUGAUAAUUGUUCGCAUCAUGGCACGUCCUGGACAGCGUGUGGCAGGAGUCGCUGUGCUGGCGCUCUUCGGGUUUGCCACGAGCUUCCUCCAAGCCGGUCGACGUCGAGCAGCUUCUCUGGAGCGGCGUGAGGCCCUGCUGGCGGCCUCACUGGCGCCUGUGCUCAGCAGCCCGCUUUCGGCCUGGGCCGCCGAGCUGGCAGGGAACUACGAUGAUCCGGAUUACCCGGGCUGCAAGAGGAGGAUCAUUACGCUGAACAACGGCGAGGUGCAGCUGAACAUGAAGGACCCAGACAGAGGUCGAUCAUGCAAAGGCAAGCAGGAGGUGAAGUAUGUGGUGCCAGGCCGCAUGGCGGGAGACCAAGUGACCCUGGACUUUGCUGAGCGUGGAGGGUCGAAAGUGACCGCCAAGUUCGACGGGAAGACCUUGACUUUUCCCGACGGCUCUGCUUGGACGCGGAGUGGCGACCUGUCCGCGAGGUCCAAGGUACCCAGUGGAGUCAGCAGGAACAUGAAGAAGGGCGUCGUCGGAACCAGUAUGAAUGGAAUUCAGUUCGUGGAGCCCGAAGACUGAGAAAGCCAAGCCGACAUCGUCAGUUCCGAGUGAUCUUGGGGAGUAAAACGAAUUGAUAUGUGUUAAGGUCAACUGGAGAGAAGCCUGUUGUUUGUUUUGGCC